AUGGGAUCCAUUGUGAAAGUUUAUGAUGAAGACCCCACGGAAAUAACAUUUAUUUAUGAUUGGCCAGUGCAAAUUUUCCAGCCAGUUAAUGGUUUCAAUGUUUUCGGUGACACCGAAACUUUCUGCACCAAUUAUCGCAGUGCUAAUCAUGAGUGGAUGGUGCAUUUGUACAGGACCAAUUUUGGUGUACCAUCUAGGCCUAGGAUGCAUCUGUAUUUGGAGCAAAGUAGGGUGGUAACAACACAUCCGUCACCUAAGGAAUGUAAAUUUUCUUUCAAGCUGCUCGAUGAUGAUACUUAUUACGGAAGCGUAAUCGCUGUACGUUCUGUGACAACGUUUUCAUCACUGGACAGCUUCCGAGUACCUAGAGAUUCGCAGUUUGUGGAUUCAUUGACACAGUGUUUCACGAAUCAAUCUAAUAGUGGAAAAACAAUCGUGAUUACGGUUGACCUUUUGUUCAGCACAGAAUCUUUUAAUUUGGGCUUUAGUAGUUGGAUGAGCUUGGUUCCAGCACCUCCUGCUGAUACUGCAAACGAUUUUCGGUUCAGAGUUCUUAGCAAUGGGAACGCCGAUUUUACCAUACACUGUCGGGAUGGUGAUCUUAAAAUAUCGAAAAGUGCGUUAUUCUUAAGUUCUGAUUACUUUCGCUUCCUGUUCACUGCAAAUGAUGAAGGACUAAUGUCUAAAGAACAGUCAGUACCGGAUUACAGUCUGGAAUCCGUUCGCAAGGUGCUAGUGUUUAUGAUUACGGGCACAUUCGAGAUGCCACACAAUUUGACACCGGAAUUGGCUAGGGAGCUAAUUGAUAUAGCAAUGCAUUUCAAACCCUUGAAUCGUGAUGCGUUCAGAAAUACUAUUCAUCGUGCUCUUUGUAAACUGUUACUGGAAGAUUUUUCAGUCUUGGACAAGAUUGUUCAUUUUCUGGUGUUUGCACAUGAAAUGAAUUUAUCACAGUUGAAAAUAAUGUGCAUGUCAGUUAUCGUUUAUGAACAUUAUAAACGGUUUAAGCAGGAGUAUAAUGAGGAAUCACCAAAUGCAGAUCACCGAGCGCUUCAUGAACGUUUGCGUCGUAGUGGCUUCCUUUUAACCGUUUCUCCAUUAUCACGAAUUGACUCUAUUCGACGACAAUCCCUCAAAUGUCGACGAGUGUUUCGGUAUGGAAGGAAAUCGAGUCAAAAUUCAUUCCGAAUGCCUAGAAAUUCGAGUGAUACAAUGUGGAAUGAUAUGGAUUAG